CCAAAUAUUAGAAACUGAAGCAAAUCGCGGGAAAACAAAUGAUGCUUUAGAUAAGAAGCAGACGCCUGAUACAAGCCCUAGUUACUUGCUUCGUAGCCUCUUUUCAGGUUUUCCAGAAGAUGAGGUUUUAUCUCCAAGAAGACAAUUGAAUGUAAAAGGGAGGCUUGGGAAUAUCUAUUUGUCCAUACUCUCGGCUCUUGUUAGUGAAGCAUUUGCUUAGAUAGUCAAAAUGUUUCUCCUCUCGUUUUUUAGAAAAAUAUUUGUAAGUAUCUUUCUUAAACAUAUAUGCUUGAAUUUUGAGAAUUAAGCCUUCCCUUUUAAUCUAGAGUUUACUUCUGUGUAUCUUGUUUUAACAUUGCUUUUGUUUUUAGGGUAAACUCUGGCAAGCUCAGGACAACCAAUCUCAAACUGCCCCGAUGCUAUCAUCUGGGGGGGAAUCUCUCCUUAAUUCCUCUGUGUCUGCUGUAACAGAGGAAUUGGACACUGGACUGCCAGAGAGCAUCUCUGAUGAACUUAUGGCUGUAUCGGAGCCUAACAUGGGAUUAGAUGCAAAAUCCAGUGUCUCAACAUUAGCACACAGUGACAGUCUGUCAGCUGAGCAUCAUAGCACCUCUGGAGUAGAAAACUUUUGCCAGAAGACAGAGGAUUUGGGUGAUACGCUCCAGGUGAUUUCUCAUGGGCCAGCAGAAUCCCUUACUGAAGAAUUACUAAAGGCUGAAGACCUUGAAGAAAACGAAAAAAACAGAAAAAGAAACUUUAGGAAACUAGACUGUUCUGGUGAUGAAUACCAGAAAGAAAAUGAAGAGGCACAAGAUGCUGAGGAGUAUCAUGCUGAAUGCUGUGCUUUAGCUCCUGGGGAAAGUUGGUCAAAGCAAGAGGACCCUCACUUAAACCAGCAUGAGGUGAAGUCUUCAAGACCCUGUUGCACUGAAGUAGCAGGAUCUCUGAAGAACACAGAAGAAAACCAAGCAAAUGUUCAGGUGAUAGCUGAAACUCUGCCAAAGCUCACUGAAGAAGUACAAGUUUUUAGUUCUGUUGCUUCAUCUCCUGAGGAGUUCUCAAAAGAAAAACUUAAAAUGGUCCCAUCAGAAGGUGAUAAGUUGAAAAAAGACCUGUGGCAAUCCUCUGUCAGUGAUCUAUGGAAGGAUGAUAGAAAAGAAAAUAGUCUGUUGAUGGAAAUGAGCAACAUCACUUCCCAUGAAAUUGGACAGACAGGCAGACUCUUUUAUAAGACCUCCAGUAAAAUUUCUCCUCCCAGUAGCCACAGCUAUCUGGAUCUUAGUACCAAGCUAGAAAAAGACUUGUCUGAGACACAACUGCUUGGAAAGGAAUCUGAGAGUAAUACACCACCAAAAGAGUUGGCUGACAGUUUAGUUGAUGCUGCAGAAGCUAACAGUAAUGACAGUUUGUCCACUGGCAAAGAAACUAAUUUGAUUUCUACACUAAAUAUAACUCUACCUCCUGUUGCACAAAAAUCAAGAGAAUCUCAUCACAAUGAAUGUCCUCCUCGUACUGCCAAUAAAAUUUCAAGCAGGAACAAGGCUCAGGAUAAUCUGUCUGGAAAAGAAUCAAUUGGUGCUUCUGGAACAAUGGGGGAACAAGUUGCUGAAAUCAUACUUCAUGAAGACAAAUUCAAGUCUUCAGUAAGUUCCAGGACUUUUGAUAACUUUAAUCUGACAAGCAAAAUUUCCCAAAAGAACACGAAGUCUUUAUCAGGAAGUACGGAGGAUAUGGUCACUGGUUUAGAAAAUGAACACAAAGACACAACGAAUUGUAAUAAUUGGAGUAUAAAAGACCAGUGUACAGUUGCCAGUACUUCCUGUAUUUUAUCAAGGAGCCCAUGUGUAGAUGAUGUUCUCCUAAACAGUUACUCUUUUAAUGUUGAUGUUGAUAAGAAGAUUGAAGAAAAUGUUAAUUUGGAAGGAGAAGCUUCUGCUGCCUAUAACAGUAAAAAGGCAAUAAUCUUUCCAGAAGCACACUUGCCUUUAGCAUGUGGAUGUCUUCUUCACGAAGAUGACUGGGGCAACAGAGGUGUAGAUCUGCAUGGGACAAAUGACAUUUCCACAGCAAAAAACAUGUUUUGUUCAGCUUAUACUGCAGAGAAGUCUAUUGCUACCUUGGUAAGAGAUGAGAUUUCAAAUAAGAAUAUGGAGGUUGUGAAACAACUUGAUCUCCGUAAAGUAACAGAUGGAAGUGAAAGUGUUUGUGAUAGAGAUAAGGCAAAAGAACAAAUCGCCAUGUGUGCUCUCCAGACAGAUGAUAAAAUAAGAACUGUGGAUUCUUCAAAGGCUUUGGAAGGCAAUCAAAGAAAUAAGACUAGUGAACAGCUAUUAGGCAGAUAUUUGAACAAAAAGACCUGUGUUCGUAAUUUUGGAUUUUGCAACUCUCCAUUAGGCCCAAAGAAGAGAGAACUAGGUGCAUCUGAGAAGAAAGAAGCGUCCUCACCUGUAGCUGAUCCCUCCAAGUGUAGUGCUUCAAUCUGUGAUACGCAUCCGUUACUCAACAACAUGAAUAUUCAAGGACGACAUGCUAGCCAAACAGAAAAGACCAUUCAUCCAAUGGAAAAUCAGUGUCUUGCAUGUCCAAGCAAGUUUGAUGGCCCAGUUCCAAGCAGCAAGCGACAUUUGGAAAGUUUAAACAACCAACCAAACACUGGCUUACGAACUAUGGUUACUUCUGCAGAAGAAACCAAAAUAUCAGUUGGCUCUAGUCAAAGUGAAGAGACGCUGUUAAAAACAAGUGAUGACCUGCCUUCAUUAGUUCAUAAAUGUGCAAGAGAAGACAGUGUUCAAGGAAUUCUAAAAGAGAAUGUAGUGGAUUUAGACUCUCUAAAUGGUGUGAGAAAUGAUGACCGUUCAAGAUACGUGGGCUUCAUCAGUGAUCUGAUUGAAGAGAAGGCAGGCAGACUAAAAGAACACAAGAACAGAUGUGAAAGAGAAGAUAAAGGAACUCCCAAAGAAAGCUUUUCUGAUAGCAAAUCACACUGCUCACAGCAUGCUUGCUUUAUCAAAUGUGCAAAAGAGAAAGCAGAGCUAGUGUUUGCAGGAAACAAAAUGCAGCAGUCUUUGCCAAAGAUGAAGUUGUUGAUGGAGGAUCAGGAAAAUACAGUUAGUGCCCAAUAUUUGGCCUUCUCAUCAAUUCAUGAGAGUCUGUCAUAUAAGCCGGAAAAUACCAAUGUGCUUUCAGAGACAGAAAACAAAAAAAAUCUGAGAAUAAAAUCUAUCUUAAAUAACUCUUGCUUGCAGUUAAUAUUUGAGCCUGGUAAAGAAAGUGAUGCUCAAAAAGGUAUUGGUCCAUCCCAUUUUGGCAAGUUUGAUAUCCAGGAACCUUUUGAAGAUACUCAAGUGGAUUCAGAAACACCGUCAGCUCUGAACUUGGGAACCUCUCUGCCUGAGAAAGAAAAGCUGUGUAUGUCAUCUGAGAAUACACAAAUAGGAAAUUGUGAUUUGUCUUCAACUGAAGUUUUUCGCAAAGUGACAAAACCUCUUUCUGUAACAAGGUCUGUUAAGAGAAGAGCCAGCAAUACUGAGAUUCCAACUUCAGAGAAGGAAACAGCAACUGGCUUUCUGAAUGGUGCAAAAAGCUUAAGAGUUUGUGCACACAGUGAAGAAAGUCUGGGAGAUGAGGGGCAUAGCAUGCUAACUGUGAAGGACGUGGAUGUGACAUCACCAAAAAGUUCUUGCUGUGGAGAGAAGUUUAAGAAUGCAUAUGUAGAAGAGAAGAUGGGAAGAGAAGUAGUCCCUAGAAAAAAGUUGCCCAUAGAUUCUUUUCUUGAUGGAGAAGGUUGUCUAUGGGCCUCAUUAGAAGAUUCAAAAGAUUCUGGUAGCAAAAGAGUCCUCAGUACUGAAAAUUAUGGAAAUACUGUGGAAGAAAUCCCAAAAUCUAACCUAAAUAAUCUUUCAAAAGAAAGAAAAAAUUACAUAAAGCUCACAAACUUAGCAACUACCAGUCUACUUUCAGAAACUCUGCAUGAUUGUCAAGUUGAAGCUGCAUCUGAUGCAGAAACUUCACCAGAAUUGCAGUAUAAUACAACCCCCACAUUUUAUCCACAUGUGAAUAUACUAUCAAACAGGUGCAAAGAUGCAUCCCCAAACUGCAUGGUUUGCAGUGAAGUAUGUGUGCCUUACAAAUUAAAUGCACAGAGCAAAGACAAUGUUAAGGAGAUUACAGAAGGCCAGGACACUAUACCAACUCAUUCCGAUCGCAAGGAAAAUGAGAGACUUGAUCAAAUAAAGCAAUGUCGGGUACUUAAACGAAAGAACAGCUAUGAGAAGAUGGAAGUACAUCUCUCAGACAAGGCACAACAAGAACAGAACUCAGAAUAUCAAGAGAAAGGAAAAAUCACACUGCAACCAAGUAUGUUGCACAGUUCUGAACUUUUAUGCAGCUCCUCAAAUGAGUUGGUGACAUCAAGAAAUAUGAGGUUUGAAGGUCUUUCAGAGGAGAUUUUUGCUGUCAGAAGCAAUGAAAAUAAACUAUGUAGCACUUUACAAGAAGUCAAAAGGCCAAAGAUUACCACAGAUAUUAUUAAUUCACAGUUUUUGAAGACUCAGGAUUCAGAAAUAGAAAACCUGAACCUUAAUUUAGGGUAUGAUGGAAUCCCUGGUGCCUUUGGAAUUACAAAUAAACUAAGAGGACCUCUUCCAUUAAAAAGACAGCCUGGAAGGGCGUGCAAAAAAGUUUCCACAUCAUAUCAGCUAAAAACAGUAAGAAAAAGCAAAAAAAUUAAAAGUUCACCUUUUUUUGAGAUUGUCCCAGAAGUAUUGCCUAAGCAGGAAAACCCACUUCUCAAAUCUUUGUACUUUGCAUGUAAACCACCAACAAUGGAAACGGAAACAGCCAUGAGAUUUGUGCAUAUGCCAAGGCAGAGGUCCAAGAGUUGCAGUUUGUUGAACAGCUUGAAAUUUAGAAAAUGUACCAAAGAACCGGCAUUGUUGAGCAAGCUGUCUGCAAUGGCUAGCAAACUCCUUGCACCUGCCAAAAGCACCCAUAACUCAGAACCUCUGCCAUAUUCUUCUGAAAUUCUUCCAGUGGGUGAGAGGUAUAGCCAACGUAGAUCUAAAAAUCUAUUGGAAGCCUUUUCUUGCAUUAACAGAAACUUACACUCACGCUGGGCUGACAGUUGGUGCACCAAGAUGUUCAGUUUUCAGCCUUUGGCACUUUAUUCUGUAGAAUCUACCAAAAUACUUUUUUCAAACUUGAGCCACAAGCCUCCAGCCUCUUUCUUGGAUACCCCAGUUUUCCCAAUUUCUUUUCACAUAAAAUUGGACUCCAGUCCUGUGACAGACCUCACAGGGAUUAUAUCCCAGCACUCCAUACAUCACAGACCGGCUUGGGAAGAAAUGCCAGCACCACCUUCAGAGUGGACUUUCUCUUUUCUGCUGUCUCAGAGAUGUUCAGGUACAACAGCUUUUAAUGAAGAUUUCAGUCUAAGGGGUGAGCUGCAUUCCUCUCUCUCUGUAACAACCCCAAGGACUGUUGCCCUUCAUCCUGACCACAGAAUAAAUGCUGCAGCUGAAAGGAGAGGAGGUUGCUCCAUGCUUGGCCUUCACACAGUGUUAGCACUUUCUUCCCCUGGAUGUUACAGGAUUUGGACAAGAAGAAGAAACUUAACCAGUCAUAUUCCUACCAUCCAGAGACUAUUUAUAUCACAAUUCGCACAGGGUUUGAAAGGGGCAAGGCAUCCAACUUGUGUAUCAGAUGGCCUCAUCUCUUCAUUGCCAUACUCACUGGGCAGGGUACUAUCCAUAUGGAGUCAGCAUGGUCCUGCCUGUCCCUCCGAAAUCACUCCUCUCCAUUCCAGUCACUGCAAGUGGCAGCCAAGUGUGGGCAUCGAGAACAGCAAUGCCAUGCUACCGCACUUACCUGUACAGUGUUUGGAAGCACUACAGACUGCAGGUCAUGAGAUAUGUCUGGAAACUUCAUUCCCUCUUCCAUUACCAAAGUCUUCCUCGCUUCCAGAGUCAUUGCCAUCUCCCCGCAGGCUUUCAGCAUCUGAGCUCCAGGUCCAUGCCCUUGAUGAAGCUGAUGCUUCUGUUCCAGCCUGUCUUGGAUCCCAAGAUGACACAGAAUUGAAAAAAACUGAGCUGGAAAAGAGGCCAAAAAAGGUCUCACAGAUCCGAAUCCGGAAAACUGUUCCUAAGCUGGACCAUAACCUUACUCCAAUGGGACUACCCAAACCAAAAAGGCUUAAGAAGAAAGAAUUUAGUUUAGAAGAAAUUUACACAAACAAGAACUAUAAGUCCCCUCCUCCAGCCAGGAGCUUGGAAACAAUCUUUGAAGAGCCCAAGGAGAAAAAUGGACGCUUGAUCUCUGUCAGCCAGCAGAAGAGAAAGCGGAUUCUAGAGUUUCAGGACUUUACUCUUCCCCGGAAAAGGAAGACACGAAGCAAAAUCAAAACAGUGGGUAGUUUCACCCGAGCAAAAAAAGCUGCAGUACACAGUGCAGAGUUAGAUGCUCUUCUGAGUCAGAAGCUAAUGGACCUUGAAGUUUUUUUUGCAAAGGAGGCUGAGCGGGAGCAGGCUUCUAGCAUCUGAGGGAGCUGAAAAUGGUCCAAUCAGCUCUGUCAGUAUUUUAGUCCCAUUGGGAGAAAUAUACAGACUUCUCAUACAUUGUUCUACCACUCUGUUCUUACAUCAGGUGAUCAGGUUUUGGCUGUGGCCCUCUUUAAGGUGCUAUUUUUAUUUUCUUUUUUUCUUAAACGUUAUUGGAGGGAUUCUUUCAGGUCCUUGUUUGAGUGUAACAGCCACAUACAACUUACCAUUCCUUCUGCAACCUCUGGAAAUUACUGCUAAUGUUUAAUUAAACACCUUUUGGGGGUAGAGUAGGAGUGUGAAGGAGGAAGUAGUGCACCUUCAGUGAUGCUAGAACUCUGUACUCAAGAUCAUUUGCACAUUUGAGUCUACUGUUGUUACUGUAAUGGCUAUUUUGAACAACCUGACAGAAGAGAUACAGUGUUCAGUAAAGGUGAAUUCUAGCAAACACAUUCUUGGUAUACCACUAACUUUUUAACAAUUAAAAGUAGCUGCCUGAGUUUGCUUUCAAUUGUUUCUUCCUUCUGUUUACUUAGAAGGUUCCUUCUGAGUUUCUGUGCCCUUCCUGGCUUCAGGCAGCAGAAGCCCGACAUAACUAGAUUUUAAAUAACUUGCACUUUGUAUAUGUUUGUUUGCUGCAUGAGGACCCCUUUUAACAUGAUUGAGCUCAAAACCAGGUAAUAUUUUAAGAAAAAGUUGUGCCCAGUACUAAUUUUUACCCAAAUAUAGAGUUAUUACCUACUUGGCUGAUGCCAACCUCUUCUCCAGAGGAAAAGGCAAUUAGCCCAUGAGGAUGUUAAGCUCCUGGAUGUGUAAGUAGAGGGUUUUUUUUUUAACUGAGCUGAGAUGCUGCAUGCAGGAACACCAGCAAAAUCUCUGAGACUCAUUUUUAAGUGAUUUUUAAUUCCAUUAAAAAUACAACUUGAUUUUAAUGCCAACAAGAAAAGGAUUUUUGCAUCUUGCGGGUUUUUUACCAUUUUAAAUUUACAAUUUGUGUAGCUUGUAACUAAUGUUCUCUGUACAGCACUGUUGUACAUGAUAGCUAGUGUUGUACAAAGAGCCUCCUAGCAUGUCAAAUUUUUUUUCAUUGUGUAAGGCCAUUUGUAAUUAUCUGAUGCAGCAGAUUUCUCAUGCCAUCUCAUCUGAUGGACAAUUUCUCAGCUAUACCUUUUGAAGGAAGAGAGCUCCCUUCUGGGAUAACUUCUGUUAAACUUACUUGAAGCAUAAUUCAAAAUGAAUGCUAGCUGCAGUUCAGGUAAUUUUUGUCCUUUAGUGCCUAUAGAAGUUAUUCAGGCAAAGCUAUCACUGCUGGGAUGCUCAAAUUUUAAUUAGUCUGUUCUUUCACUUGAAACUUGCACUUUCUUAUUUCCCUACCCAUAUAAUAGAGUUUCUAUUUACCUUCAAAAUGAGCAAAUAUCUAGGGGGGUGGGUAUUUUCAGUAAAGUCCCAAUAAAUGCGGGACUGAAAAUACCAUUAUUGUUGCUCUGCCACUUCUGUUACUGAACAGAAGACGAAAAAUUAACAAACGAUCUGUUGAAUCCCAGAGCUUUGAAAGUAGAGAAAUGGAAGAGGAUUAUUACACUGUGUGUGCCUGAGUCUUGAAAUGUAGUCUGGGCUCGUUGUGCUCUCAGCUUAUGUGCUGGGAUUCCUAGAAGUUUACAUUCCUGUUUUGGAGGCUAAUUAAUUAUUUUUAAUCAAGAAGACCGAAGAAAAGAGGAGUGCACACUUAAAGUUAGUGCUGUUUGAGUUUUGAGGGUAAAAUAACAAGGCAGGCAAACUUUGAACAUACUACCAUACUAUUUCAGCAGCAAGGUCUGGUUAACCUAUUUGGGCUGCUGUAAAACGUUUUAAUUGAUCCUCUUUAUUUUUGUAAAAAUCCCUAAACAAUAAAGGUUGACUGCCUUUAAAAAAAUGUUUGAAACUUUCCCUAUACUGGUUUAUUAGCCUAAUUGACUAGUUGGAGUGAGAUAUAUAUUUUUAUGGUUCUAUGCUAUAGGAUGGGAUUAUUACACAGCAUUCAUUCACCUUCUAUUAAUAUGGGAGGCUUCUAGUGCUGUGACACAGUUGAGCAGUAACCUUACGGGGCUCUAAAGGAAACAAGGAUAUGGGUGGGGAGGGAGGAAACUUGGGUCCAGGCAAAGUUCAGACCUCUAAUGUGCUUCGAAACAUGGAAUGUCUUGGGUUUUUCCUUUGGGUUACGGGGUUUUUCUUGCUUUAUUUGUUUUUGUCUGCUUCCCUGCUCUGUCUUGUUUCUAAUUGGUUUGAAAUAACAUUUCUUAGCUUUUUUAACAGCUACAGCAGAGAAAGCGGAGCAAAGAAAACACUCCAUUCUCUUUUGUUUACAAUAAUUGGAGGAGUUACAAAAUGGGCGUUGCAGUUGCCUAGCUUGUCCCAGACCUAAGUUUCUGGAAGCCCAAAUAUACAGCAUUAUUCUGUUUUGGUUUAGUAUUUGUAUGAUGAUAGAGAUGUUAGCUAAUUAACAAAGCAUCUCUUCACCCCCUCCAGCAUACAGAUGUCAGUCAUGCUCUUGCACUUUUUCUGUUUUCCUUUCCCACCUCUGUUCCUGUUUACAGCACUCAUGGAACAGCCUUGUUCCUUGUGACUGCUGCUUGUACACUGGGAGUGAUGACUGCAAAAGCUAUGUAUUUGCCAGUCUGAGCUGCUUAUGUCUCAGAUAACUGAAAGAAAAAAGUAUAGAGGAUGCGUAUUUUUGGGUCUUGCAUACAUCCCUUGUGGAAGGAUAUGUACACUUGCCUUUUUAUAAAGUGAAUCCACUCCAGUGAAGAUUUUUUUUUUUAUCAUCAUGGAAAGACAUUGUACAUACUACGCACAGAAUGAUGACGACUACAGCAGCUUGAGAAGAAUUGCGAAGCUUUUGCCAUGUACUGUCUCUUAGUCGCAAGUUUUACAGAGCCAGGCAGCUCUUUGC